UCUCUCUCUCUCUCUCUCUCUGGUUGAACUUCCUUUGUUGAAAAUGACGGGAUGUGCGUGUAUCUCUGCUGCGAGUUCGAGCUUGAGAAGCAUCGGCCAAUCGAGGACUCGGCACCGCGAGUCCGCCUCCAGACGCGGGGCCCUCGUCGGGACGGACAGGGCCAGCGGUUUCGCGUUUCGCGGUGGCGAAUCGAUGGGGUCUAGCUUGAGGAUUUCGCUCGAGGGCUCGGUCCGUCCGAGGCCGGAGAGGGACGAGCGUGCUUUCCAGGUGGUGUGCAUUGACCACCCGAGGCCGGAGCUCGAGAACACUGUUAAUUUUUUAGAGGCGGCCAAAUUGUCCGCCUCGUUCCGUUCCGCUACUCGACCAGCAAAACCGUUGAAAGUCGUGAUUGCCGGAGCAGGUUUGGCUGGCUUGUCCACAGCGAAGUACUUAGCAGAUGCUGGUCACCAACCUUUAUUACUAGAAGCGAGAGAUGUCCUUGGUGGAAAGGUGGCUGCAUGGAAAGAUGCUGAUGGAGACUGGUAUGAGACAGGCCUACAUAUUUUCUUUGGGGCAUACCCAAAUGUGCAGAAUUUGUUCGGCGAACUUGGAAUUGAUGAUCGGCUGCAGUGGAAGGAGCACUCCAUGAUAUUUGCAAUGCCAAACAAACCUGGUGAAUUCAGCAGAUUUGAUUUCCCUGAAGCUUUACCUGCGCCUUUUAAUGGCAUAUUGGCGAUUUUGAAGAAUAAUGAGAUGCUGACUUGGCCAGACAAAAUCAAGUUUGCAAUUGGGCUCUUGCCUGCAAUGAUGGGUGGACAGGCUUAUGUUGAGGCCCAGGAUAGUUUUACGGUCCAAGAAUGGAUGAGAAAGCAGGGCAUUCCUGAUAGGGUGACCAAGGAGGUUUUUAUUGCAAUGUCGAAGGCACUGAACUUUAUCAACCCAGAUGAACUUUCUAUGCAGUGUAUACUGAUUGCUUUAAAUCGGUUUCUCCAGGAGAAGCACGGUUCAAAGAUGGCCUUCUUAGAUGGUAAUCCUCCAGAAAGACUUUGCAUGCCAAUCGUUGAUCAUAUUCGGUCUUUGGGGGGUGAUGUCAGGCUCAAUUCACGAAUAAGAAGGAUUGAAUUAAAUGCUGAUGGCACAGUAAAGAGCUUUAUACUAAAUGACGGUGACGUCAUUGAAGGGGAUGCCUUUGUGUUUGCUACUCCAGUUGAUAUAUUGAAACUUCUACUGCCUGAGAGCUGGAAGGAAAUUCCAUACUUCAAAAGAUUGGAGAAGUUGGUCGGUGUUCCAGUCAUCAAUGUUCAUAUAUGGUUUGACAGGAAGCUGAAGAACACAUAUGAUCAUCUACUCUUUAGCAGAAGUCCCCUUCUCAGUGUAUAUGCUGACAUGUCCGUAACAUGCAAGGAAUACUAUAACCCGAAUCAAUCCAUGCUUGAGUUAGUUUUCGCGCCGGCAGAAGAAUGGAUUUCACGCAGUGAUGAAGAAAUUAUAGAAGCCACAAUGAAGGAGCUGUCUAAACUUUUCCCAGACGAAAUAGCUGCAGAUCAAAGCAAAGCGAAGAUCUUGAAGUACCAUGUUGUUAAAACACCAAGGUCUGUUUACAAAACGGUUCCAGAUUGUGAGCCAUGUCGUCCCUUACAAAAGUCCCCCAUUGAGGGGUUCUAUUUAGCUGGUGACUACACCAAGCAAAAAUAUUUGGCUUCGAUGGAAGGAGCUGUCCUUUCUGGGAAGUUUUGUGCCCAGGCCAUUUUGAAGGAUUAUGAAUCGCUUAUUGCUCAGGUACCGAAACAAUAUGCGGAAGCAAGCAUUUCGUAGUCAGAGAUCUCUCCAGUCCAGCAAUUUGGUGGAGAGAAAUGCCGAAGUUCAUCCAAAGAAAUCAUCAAGGGUACAGGGCGUGAUAUUUCGAUGGUUCGGUACCACUGACUCGAAUUAUCGAACUUUACGGUUAAAUGGAGCUGUGCUUGCGCAUGGGUUUGUUUCCAUUCUUUAGCUUCUUAUGUAAAUGUACAGUUUAAUGGCUAUGUAGCAUAAAAGCAAGUAUUGCAACA